GCAGUGUUAGUGGUCGUAACAGUUGGCUGGUAGUGCUGGUAGUCUGGUGUAGUGCUAAUAACAGUUGGCUGGUGAAGUAUAGAGUUAAGUAAUAGAAAUGGCAGAAGAAAAAUGCACAUACCUGAUUAUUGGAGGUGGCAUCGCGGGUGUUUCAUGUGCUGAACAGCUGUCGUUCGACGAGCCGUCGGCGGACGUGCUGCUGGUGUCGGCGGCCGACACCGUGCGCCAGGCGUCAGCCGUCCAGGUGACACGGCUGGCGCACGAGCUGCGCGUGCGCGAGGUCAGCGGGCGGCGGCUGGCCGAGCUCUACCCCAACGUCCGGCUGCGCCAGGGCCUGGCGGCCGGGCUCGACGCUCAGCGCAAGGAGCUGCGCCUGGCGGACGGUGCCGUGGUGCGGUACGACCGAGUGUGUGUGUGCACGGGCGCCCGGCCGCGGUUCCCGCUGCCGGAGCACCCGGCCGUCAUCGGUAUCCGGGAUGGUCACUCGGUGGAGGAGCUGCGGCGCCGACUGAGCUCCGCCCGCCGCGUGCUCAUCGUCGGCAACGGCGGCAUCGCCUCUGAACUGGUUUUCGCACUGCAGGACGUGGAGGUGAUCUGGGUGAUCAGAGACGGCUCUAUCUCGUCCACCUUCGUGGACCCCGGCGCAGCCGAGUUUCUCCUGCCGCAGCUGGAGAAGCAGGGGGCCGAGGAGCCGACAAAGGCGCCCGGCCCCAGACGCUGGCGUUACAAUGCGGCGGAGCUGGGCGUGGACGGCGCACCGUUGGCCGGCGUGCCGGGCUGCGCGCUUGGGCCGGACUGGCUGCAGCGGCUGGAGGGCUUCACCGCUGGCACCGCGGCAGAGGGUGCCGAGCACUACGCCACGCCACGUGCACUGCGGCCGCUGCCUGUGGGGCUUUGUGCGCCCCCUCGCUCUAACGUGCCUCUCCCUGCAGACAGCUGGCCGGUGUACGUUGAACUGAGCAGCGGCGAGAUCGUUGGCUGCGACUUCGUUGUGUCCGCCACUGGCGUCAGGCCCAACACCGAGCCCUUCACCGCCGACGCGGCGCUCCGCCUGGCCGACGACGGCGGCCUGCUGGUGGACGAGCAUAUGCGGACCAGCGAGCCGACCGUGUACGCGGCCGGGGACGUCUGCACGCCCGGAUGGGAGCUGGCGCCGCACUGGCUCCAGAUGCGGCUGUGGAGCCAGGCGCGCCAGAUGGGUCUGUACGCAGCCAAGUGCAUGUCAGCCGACCGGCUGGGCCAGCCGCUGCUCAUGGACUUCUGCUUCGAGAUGUUCGCGCACGUGACCCGCCUGCUGGGCCACAAGCUGAUCCUGCUGGGCCUGUACAACGGCCAGCGGCUGGGCACUGACUACACGGCACUCAUCCGCAUGACGCCUGGUGUGGAGUUCGUGAAGGUGGUGCUGAGAGGCGGCCGCGUGCAGGGAGCCCUGUUGCUGGGGGACACGGAACUGGAAGAGACGUUCGAGAACCUGAUCCUCUCGCAGAUGGACGUCAGCCAUCUGGGCGACGACCUGCUGGCGCCGGACGUCGACAUUGAUGACUACUUCGACUGAAGAGGGCGCCAGGGCUCGGGACUGGUGCGGAGGAGACAGCGGUCGGUGGUCACGUCGGGGUCGGGCCCCCGCGGUGCUCAUCCCUCCUGUCAGGGCUCGGGACUGGUGCGGAGGAGACAGUGAUCAUGAUCAUGUCGAGGUCAGGUCCCCGCGGUGCUCAUCCCUCCUGUCCGGGCUCGGGACUGGUGCGGAGGAGACAGCGGUCGGUGGUCACGUCGGGGUCGGGCCCCCGCGGUGCUCAUCCCUCCUGUCAGGGCUCGGGACUGGUGCGGAGGAGACAGUGAUCAUGAUCAUGUCGGGGUCAGGUCCCCGCGGUGCUCAUCCCUCCUGUCAGGGCUCGGGACUGGUGCGGAGGAGACAGCGGCCGGUGGUCACGUCGGGGUCGGGUCCCCGCGGUGCUCAUCCCUCCUGUCAGGGCUCGGGACUGGUGCGGAGGAGACAGUGAUCAUGAUCAUGUCGGGGUCAGGUCCCCGCGGUGCUCAUCCCUCCUGUCAGGGCUCGGGACUGGCGCGGAGGAGACAGCGGCCGGUGGUCACGUCGGGGUCGGGUCCCCGCGGUGCUCAUCCCUCCUGUCCGGGCUCGGGACUGGUGCGGAGGAGACAGUGAUCAUGAUCAUGUCGGGGUCAGGUCCCCGCGAUGCUCAUCGCUUCUGCCAGGGUGAGAGGCAGGUGACGCCUUAGGUGCUGAGUGCGUCGUAAAGGUCCCAAUGCGAACGACGCCGUUGAUGCCGCCCAAGGGGUUGGAUGAUUAUCCGUCUCAGGAGUGGAGGGCAGGUCGCCUACCCCUGCAGUCAUCAGUCAUUGUCGGAGGCAUGCGAAGCAUGUCGUGUUUGUCAGUCAGAAGUUUUACAGAGUCAUGGCCAUGGUUUGUUAUCAAGUGUACGGAUGUAUUUGUUAACAGCAUCUUUAUUCGCGGCGUCUUGCUGUGUUGAUAAUACACG